CGGGGCGCCCCGCCGAUGAUUCACAAGUCGCGCCCGGCGCUGCUGCAGCCCCAGGAUGUGGGAGACACGGUGGGAACGCUCAUGCUGCAUCCGGGGAUCAAAGCGUUCCUGUGUGGCUCCAUCAGUGGCACCUGCUCCACCCUGCUCUUCCAGCCUCUGGAUCUCCUUAAAACCCGCCUGCAGACUCUGCAGCCCGCAGAGCACGGGUCCAGGCGUGUGGGGAUGCUGGCCGUGUUCCUGAAGGUCGUGCGCACUGAGAGUCCUCUGGGUCUUUGGAAAGGAAUGUCUCCUUCCAUCGUGAGAUGUGUGCCCGGCAUGGGAAUCUACUUUGGCACUUUCUACUCUCUGAAGCAGUAUUUCUUGCGAGGCCAUCCCCCUACUGCCCUGGAGUCAGUCCUGCUUGGCGUGGGCUCUCGCUCCAUUGCAGGGGUCUGCAUGUCGCCUAUCACAGUGAUCAAGACACGGUACGAGAGCGGGAGAUACGGCUACGAGAGCAUGUUCACGGCCCUGCAGAGCAUCUACCGCAGUGAGGGCCACCGGGGCCUCUUCAGUGGCCUCACAGCGACCCUCCUGCGUGACGCGCCCUUCUCCGGCAUCUACCUGAUGUUCUACAACCAGACCAAAAGCCUGGUGCCCCAGGGUAUGGACCAGCUGGAUGCAGCCGUUACUCCUGUUGUGAAUUUUGGCUGUGGGAUAAUUGCUGGGAUUUUGGCCUCACUGGUAACUCAACCUGCAGAUGUGAUCAAAACUCACAUGCAGCUCUCCCCGAUGAAGUUUCAAUGGAUUGGCCAAGCAGUGAUCCUCAUUUUCAAAGACUACGGGCUGCGUGGCUUCUUCCAAGGCGGGGUCCCCCGAGCCCUCCGCAGAACUCUGAUGGCAGCGAUGGCGUGGACAGUCUAUGAAGAGAUGAUGGCCAAGAUGGGCCUGAAGUCCUGACGAAAGGACUGGGGGCAGGGUGGGAUCUAUCAUCCUGGUUGCUUUUUCUGCCAAGGGCUGCCUCAUCUCAGUCCCAUGGAGUCAAAUGGAAUCCUGCCUGGUAUACAGGCGGGAAGGUCAUUGUCUCAACUACGCUGUCCAGGGAGAGAGCAGAUGGACCUGACUCAGCCUGCUUGCAUGCCGGGAGGCUGCGUGCAAAGGCGUUGCCAGAAAGAGCUCUGUUGGGCAUCUCAACCUCAGCCAUCACCUGCACCACGAUGGCUGCUUGCCUGUGUUGUUGGGCCAGAGAAGCUGGAGGCCACCUGCCAUGUCAGACGCCAGCAGUAAUCUGAGGAAUGAGGCCCUGUCGCCAAGCUCCACAGUGUCUGAGGUGACAUGAGGAAGAGCAGGUAUCGUUAUUUACCUGGCUCCAGAGUGCUUCCCGGAGGCUCUGCAAUGUGGACAGUGGCUUCCCAGCCAGAAAAGUGGCUUUGACUUUGGCCCUGCACUAUUGUAAUUCUAAGUUGUUCUGGCAUUUUUCUGCAACUAUAUUUCAGAGAAAUAAAGUGAAACACUUUAUGAUAUAUAUA